UUAAACUAAAACCACUAUAAACAAUGAAACCUUAAACCCAACAUCUUUUUUAUAUUAUAGAUGUUAAUACAAAAUACAUUAAAAAAAUGUACAGAACAGAUAAACAGUUCAUGAAAAACCCGGCGACGAAUUCGUCAAGAAUCUACGUUGGUUUCUUGCCCAAAACAAUCGUCGCCGACGAUUUGGAGGCGAAAUUCAAAGUCCACGGUAAAAUCCUCGGACUCUUAUUACACAAAUGCUUCGCGUUCAUCCAAUACGAGCACGACCACGAAGCCCAAAGGGCCAUAGAGCAUGAACAUGGAACUCUUCUGCACGGUCAGAAGAUCAACGUUAGACACGCCUCGGACAGGAACCAGAGGGGCCCCAAUAAUCAGAACAGGAUGAACCAACCGAUAAACAAUCAGCAAAUGCCUCCUAAACCAAUGAAUCAACCACCCAAACCAAUGCCAAUUCAGCAACAAAAACCACCAGUUGUGACACCUGAAAUUGUUCCAGAAAACACCAGCACUCUUCCUCAAGUACCAGCGAGCACGCCGCAGAAAACGGAUGUGCCGCCGACACAGUUCAACCCAGACAUUGAAGAGGAGAGUGAACAGUCCUUUUCGCAGACUUCAAGUCAAAGAGAUUGGGAUAGUUUUGAGAGGAAGCCACACUCAAACAAAAGGCCACAUCACAACAACAGAGGGAAUUUUAACAAAUUGUUUAGGGAUGAGAACUAUUAUAAUGGCCCUGUUGAUGAUUACAUUCCACCUGCACAAUACCCUCCUGUAGUAGACAGACUUCCAGACAAGAAUGAUUGUGAGAUUAUAGUUGUCUCGAAAAAUUUGACGGAGUAUGCAGAGUUCAUUGAAAGUAGAUUGAAACAGUUGGGGUUAAUUGUGGAUUUGUUGUUUCCAAAUGAAGAUGUUCCAAUAGGGAAAGUAUUAGCUAAUAUUUCCAGUAGGGGCUGUUUGUAUGCCAUUUUAGUCAUGCCACAAAAUGAAGAACAUAGAAGUAUAACAUUGAAUAUUUUACAUGGCAUUCCUCAAGAGCACAGAAACAUGCCUUUGGAGGAUGCUUUGAUAUUAAUUAUAAGAAAUUUUGAAGCAUAUAUGAGAGGUGAAACCACCCCAGUUGAAAAACCAGGAGAGAUGACUUUAAAUGAUAAACAUCCUGUUGCGAUGCAGAUGGCAUUGAAUAUGUUGGCGGAAAACCGCGCCCUGACAACAUCCCAAUAUGACAAACUACUAAAAUAUUUGCAAGAGCGGCGAGACUUGCAGCACGAGUUCGAAGUUUCCGCUGGUAUAGAACAGGAGUCGUCUCAAGAGUCUACGACAAAGCAGGCAGAGUUGCAGAAUCGAAUUAUGAGUAUUUUGAAUAACAAGGCAGCAGAGGCGGCAAUUCCAAAAUCUAUAACAUCGACGGAAUCUACCACUUCGCCCAAAGCCGAACCGACGCCCCUUUUGAAAGAUCCCACAGUGCAGAAGGCUUUGGAUAGUUUUCUUGGUGAUAUGUUGAAGAAGUUGUCAUAGUACUCAUUCAUAAUGUAUUGUAAUUUUAAUUAAUUUUAUUAUAUUGUGAUAGUAAUAAAUUAAACAAACGUGUUU